AUGCUGCGAGAUUGUCAAAAUUGCUGAAAAUUUUACACGCUUCAUCUACGGAAAUUUGUUAAGUGGCGUAAAAAUGCAAUUUUAGUGAAAAUUACUUACUGAAGAAUCUACAAAACGGUUAAAAAACUUUCAACAAACUUCAAGUUUGAUAAGGAUUUGCUUAACGGGCAUUAAUUACUUAACGACUUCACAGUACAAGUUUUAUAAUCUGGCCGGCUCAAGGGCAGGGAGCCAGACUGCCAACAAAAUCGAAAAGUAUCAACGCAUUGUGUGUACAUGUACUUUUUUGCACCUAAUAGGGUUUGAGUUUUCGUAAUGGAAGAAGAACUAAUUUUACAACAGCCGGCAGAUCGGCGUUUGGGUACUGGAAAUACAUUACCACCUGGACCGCCAGGAGCAGAUAGCGAUGGAGGUGCUGAUUAUGAUACAAAAAAAUCUAAAACGGAAAAUGAUGCAAAUAGAACUUCCGCAAGCCGUUCUAGUCGUCGCCGUUCACCCUCUGGCAGUCCGCCACGUACGAGGCGCAAGUCUCCUUCUCGCGGUCGACGGUCACCCUCCCCACUAGAUGUCGCCCGCCGCCGACGUCGCUCGCCUUCCCCACCCCCCAGACGUAAUCGCUUUCGUGACUAUUCGCCAGACCGCCGUCGUUUCGAUGCAGGUGGAGGACGUAAUAUUCGACGUUCCCCUGAUAGACGUCGUGGUAGCGGAGGACGGGGUUUCCGCUAUCGUGGCCGUAGUGGUAGCCGUUCUCGUAGUCGUAGUGUAUCACCACGUCGAGGUGGUGGUAACCGAUGGUCCCCUAAAAAGAAACCAAAUUCACCGCUGCCGAUGAACGCGCCACCACCACCACAAGUAUCGCAGCCGCCGCCGCAAACUCAGUUUGGCGCUAUGCCACCGCAAUUAUAUCAGAGUGAUACAUAUGCACAACCUGCAUAUAACCAAUAUUCCGUGCCGCCACCACAGGCAGCAAGCAGCUUUGCGCCACAGCCCACUGCAGACGCUUAUGGCAUACAGGCUCCGGCACCACCUGUUUUCAAUGCUGCCUAUCCGCCGCCACCAGUUUGGGGAGCUAAUGACGCCUAUACACAACAGCCUUGGAUACCAACGCCAGACCCAAAUCAGCUACAGCAAAUCACACAACAGCCUCCCCCAGCGGUAGCACCAACGUCCAUACCACCACCACAAAUUGUACCGCCGCAAGCUGUAAUUGAACCGGCACCAGUUGUUAUUGAAUCAAGUGCAAAACAUGAUGCAGCUGUUGCACAAGAAGCAGAAAAUCAACGAGACGAAUUGAAGCGUCAGCGCAGCAGCUAUCUCAAGAAGACAUCAUUGCUCCGUAAAGAACUAAAAAUGUUGAAGGAACAAAGAAAGGAUUUACAUGGCGGCAAUGGUGCCCCACCAUCGCCCACCACAAAGGGCUUUAUCGACGAAAAUGAAAAACUACAGAGUCAAAUACAAAAGAAACUAAACACCAUCGAAAAUGUCAUCGAUAUGCUUACUGGUAUUAUUGGAGAGGAGAACUUAGACCGUGACGAGGAAUGCUACGACAGUGAUAAGAGCAAUAAGGACGAUUUAAAAAAGAAAGAACAACAACAACAACUCUUGCAACAACAGCAACAUAUCGGUGGUAAUAGUGAACGCAGUCGCAAAAAGAAGCGUAAAAAUUCAACUUCUUCAUCUGGCAGCUCAUCGGGUAGCUCAAGCAGCAGUUCGAGCUCCUCUUCGAGCUCGUCCAGUUCGGAGAACGAAGAAGAUGACGACGAUAGUUCACCAGAACGUUUAAAGAAUAAAGCAAUUGAAUCAAUGAAAUCUAAAGCGAAGGAGAAUUUGAAGCGCGAGGCUGCGAAAAUAAAAGACGAAAAAAUGCUCGAUGAGAAGAAACGUUUCAAUUAUGUAUUUUAUGAUCCGGAAAUGCAUUGGUGCCAAACAUGCGAUGUAUUUCCCAAAACCGCAAAAGAUUACUUAAAUCAUUUACACUCCAAAGAGCAUAUGGAUCGUGAAAGUAUAGAAACGCCAUGGCACAUAGAUAUGCUAACUGAUCAAUUUCCAACCUAUGAGAAUGCACCAACAAAACGUACACCGAUACGUGGUCUCACGUUCUUCAUACCAGCUUCAGCUUGGUUUUGUAAAUUAUGCAACCAUUGGAUGGGUGAUUUGCAUUGCGCCUCAACCCAUUUAAAAUCACAGUUACAUGCCGGCAAAUACAAUACCUUUUUAGAAAAAAAUCCCCACUAUGAAGUAAAUUGGUUGGCCGAUCGUCAACGUGUUUUGAAUGAACGUAAAACUUUGCCGCUACCACCGCAGAUCACAUCCGUUUCAACUACAGCUUCUGAGAAUGUUUCUAGUAAAAAAUCGAAAAAAGAGGACAAAGCCAAGAAGCGUAAGAAGAAGAGUUCGGACAAGAAGGACAAGAAGAAAAAACGUAAGCGCUCAAAGAAAAACAAGAAGAAUGCUACCACCACAUCGACUUCUAGCGACUCUUCUUCUUCGGACAGUGAAAAGACCAGCAAGUCUAAAGCCAAGUCACCACCGAUUAUCAUACAAAGCUUAGAUAAUCCCAAUCCUGCGGUCUCGAUACGUGUGGCAAUGCGCAAACAAGAUUUACCGAAAGCUGACGAAGAUACACCACCACCAGCGCCACGCAUGCGUGCCGAUGCUAUACCCCAUCCAGUACCAGCACCCAAUCUCAAUUUGAUUCCCAAUGCUAGCGGUUCAAUGACAAAUACUGCAGCGGCUUCUGCCUCGUUGUUGGGCAACCAGGGUCGUUUGGGCAAGUGGACUGAGGCGCAAGAUAGUAGUGCGAAGGCAGCAGCAGCCACUGCACAUAGCACAUCUGCCGCGACGGAUAGCAAAAAUGAUGAUGUCAUCUUGCAGCAAUGGAACACUGUGCAGCCGGUCAUAAGCGAGAGUGAAAAGAAAUUGCUGGAGCAAUUGAAGGGAAAAUUAAAGAAUAAGCCACGCGACGAGUCGACCACACCGGCUGGUGCUUCUAUACGCAACAACGACCCCACAGCGGAUCGCCGUGUACGCGACCGCGAUCGUGAGCGUGAACGUGAUCGCAGUGACCGAGAUCGUGGCGAACGUGAUCGUAAUGAUCGCGAUCGCAGACGACGCUCACGUAGUCCCCUCUUUGGUGGCGGGCGUGGCGGCAUUGGGCGCGGACGUCUGCGGCGCACACGUAGUCGCACACGCAGUCGCAGUCGCGGCCGCGUUGGUUCGCCGUUGGGACGUAGAAGGCGCACACGUUCGCGUUCGCGUGGAAGAAGGAGCCGCUCAUUUGAUCGCCGGCGCCGCUACAGCCGUUCACGCUCUCGUUCUCGCACACGUUCUGGCAGUCGCAACCGCAUUGAAAAGGCGGUUGUGCGCCAUCCCGAAUUCAGACCGCGCGUGCCCGAGAAGGAUAAGGAUCGAGAAAAGCGCUCCACCACAGAGUCAAAAGAUAAAAAGAAUGCGGAUAAGAAAUCCAAAACAAGCGCUGCAAAUGCGGCUGCAGCGGCGGCAAGUGGCAAGAAGUUACCGUUCAUUGGUAAAAUGCCAGUUUUCAAGAAGCAAACCACCGGCCAGGCAGACGGCAACGGUAGUGGUGCUGAGAAUACUAUGGCCUACGCAAGCGAGAGUGGUCCUACUGGCUUCGCGCACCAACGUCCACUUGCGCCCACAGCCGCACAAAUCCAAAUGGCUAUGAUGGAGGACGCAUACGGUAAUGCACCACCAUUCCAUCCCGAUGCUACCAUGAUGAUGGACUAUGAUGAGUUGAUGCCGGAUCCGAUACAGUUUGUAAAUUUGAUGGGUCAGGCACCGCCGCCGCCGCCACCACCGAGCGGAGAUGACGUGCCUGCAUCGGGAGAUGUAGCUGGUGCGGCUGACGAAGCUGAAGAUAUAUUGCCGCCGGGUAUCGAUGAGGCAGAAAAUGAUGAUUGUGUCACGCGGCCCAUUUCUGACGGAGUUAUGCCACGUAAAGGGCCGUUGCCCAAAGAUCUCGAAGAGGCGCUCGAUAUAAUAUUCCCAGGCGAAAAGAAGCCGGAGGACGAGGAUGAAGAAGGCGCAAAGAAAGCUAAAUCUUCAGGUGAAACGCAAAUAAUCGUUGACGAGCCCGUAAUGCAGCCAGAGGACCUGGCCAAGGAAGGCAUACACAUGGUUACCAUCGAGGAAACUUCUUUGAUGGGUAUGGACGAGGCUUCACAAAUGAGUAUGAAUGAACCGUUGGUAUUUAAUAAGCCCAAAAACUCUUUGCAAACUGAGACAACCACAGCAAUUCCAAGCAAAGCAGCAAAUAUUCCACUAGCCGAUAGCUCGUCACAAGAUGCCGCUGAUAUUGAUUUGAGUGCUAUACAACCGCCUCCACCGCCACCACAAAAAGUUGCUGAAGUUGCCGGCAAAUCUCUAGAAGUAAAGGCGGUUAACGGUGUUGACACCAUAAAUCCACUUGAGACACCAGUGAGCGAUGCAAAGCUUUCUAUUGAAUCCGCAGAGCUAAGCGCGGCACCCGAUGAUAUACCCAUGCCUGAUGCAGCACCGGCGACGAAGCCAACAGCUGACGAUAUUGCCAACAUCGUGUACGACUUAGAUGAUAUUCCGCAGCCGCCGCCAUCACCCACGGAGAGUGAGAAGAAUCGCAGACAGGAGGAGCUGAACGAUUUGGCAAUGCUGGGCAUUGACGCAGACGAUAUGGCCGCACAGUGCAUUUGAAAGCAAUUGCAAAAUUAAUAAUAAUAGUUUUAUUCUUUAUUAAAACAAUUCAAAAAACAUUUCAUUCAAUAGCAACACAAAUUUUGAGCUUCUUAGUUUGGAUACAGUCUAGAUUGUAAUAAUGAAAAUGUGGGAAAGCGAGAGCAAGAUGAAAAUAUUUGAAUAUGUUAUAUGCUAUCGCUUAGAAGAAUCUACAGCACAGAUGUUAAGAUAUGCAAAUAAUAAGGAAAAUUUCGGAAAAUAAAUUUACAUAAUACAACAAUGUUAUGGAAAGGGA